ACCGGCGGUGAAGGAGGUCCCGGGAGCUGACGGCCCAGCACUCUAAUGAGCGCUGGUCAGGCGGUGGCGGGGAGGCCUUGCAGCCGCGAGCGAUCCUGCCGUCUCCGCUGUGGACAUGUGCGAGGGGCCCUUCCCAGGGUCCAGAUGACGCUCGUGCCCGUGGCUUCGGUGAUGGCGGCGACAGAGCCGAGAUGGGUCUCGGUCUGGAGCCGCUUCCUGUGGCUGGUGCUGCUCAGCACGGUGCUGGGGUCCCUGCUGGCCCUGCUGCUGCCGCUGGGCGCCAUGGAAGAGCAGUGCCUGGCUGUGCUCAAAGGCUUCUACCUGCUCAGGAGCAGACUGGACAGGGCGCAGCAGGCCGUCACCAAGCGCACCAGCCGGUCCACCGAGCUCAGUGUCACCUCCAGGGACGCUGGGCUGCUGGUGGUCAAGACCAAGCCCUCCCCAGCAGGUAAGCUGGAAGCCAGAGCGGCCUUGACCCAAGCGCUGGAGAUGAAGCGCCAGGGCAAGCGGGACAAAGCCCGCAGGCUGUUCCUGCACGCGCUCAAGAUGGACCCGGACUCCGUGGACGCGCUCACCGAGUUCGGCGUCUUCUCCGAGGAAGACAAGGACAUCAUCCGGGCGGACUACCUGUACACGCGCGCGCUCACCAUCGCGCCCCACCACGAGAAGGCGCUGGUCCGCAGGGGCCGCACGCUGCCGCUGGUGGACGAGAUCGACCAGCGCUACUUCAGCACCAUCGACAGCAAGGUGAAGAAGGUCCUGGCCAUCCCCAAGGGGAGCUCGGCCCUGCGCAGGGUCAUGGAGGAGACGUACUACCACCACAUCUACCACACGGUGGCCAUCGAGGGCAACACCCUCAGCCUCGCCGAGAUCCGGCACAUCCUGGAGACGCGCUACGCCGUGCCGGGCAAGAGCCUGGAGGAGCAGAACGAGGUCAUCGGCGUGCACGCGGCCAUGAAGUACAUCAACACGACACUGGUGUCGCGCAUAGGCUCCGUCACCAUCAGCGACGUGCAGGAGAUCCACCGGCGGGUGCUGGGCUACGUGGACCCCGUGGAAGCCGGCAGGUUUCGGACGACGCAGGUGCUGGUGGGCCACCACAUCCCUCCCCACCCCCAGGAGGUGGAGAAGCAGAUGGAGGAGUUCAUCCAGUGGCUCAACUCCGAGGACGCCACGCAGCUGCACCCGGUGGAGUUCGCAGCGCUGGCCCACUACAAGCUGGUUCACAUCCACCCCUUCAUCGACGGCAACGGGAGGACCUCACGCCUGCUCAUGAACCUCAUCCUGAUGCAGGCCGGCUACCCGCCCGUCACCAUCCGCAAGGAGCAGAGGUCGGAGUACUACCACGUGCUGGAGGUCGCCAACGAGGGCGACGUGAGGCCCUUCAUCCGCUUCAUCGCCCAGUGCACCGAGACCAUGCUGGACACACUGCUGUUCGCCACGACCGAGUACCCAGUGGCACUGCCUGAAGCCACGCCCAGCAAGGAGACACUUCCUGUGAAGCCCUGACCCUCAGGGCCAAGGGCGCUAGCAUUUCUAGAAACCUCCACACCUCCCAAAGCAACAGGAGACCCUAGACAUGCUUUACCUCCACAAGUUUUUUAGUUAAAAUGGAAACCUAAAUUAUUAAGCCUUGUCUUCAAGAUAAUUUAUAAUUCAGCAAAGUUAUUUAUUUUCUGUUAACUGCUGUGUGGCGCCUGCCACGUCUGGUGGUGGUGGCCACUGGUCUGCUGGUUUUCCCAGCAUGCUUCAGGGGCAGCCAUGCUCCUGUGUGACCAGAACCCGGGUUCUGGAGCAGAAUUUGCACUAAGGCGGAGGAGAGGAACCAGGAGAUGACUCUUCCAGGCCUUUCUGAAGGGAGCACUCCUGGCGGAGCACCUGGUCCCAGGUGAGGAAGGUGCGAGAGCUUUCUCGGAGCUCUCCCACCGAGAGGUUAGCAUGGGGAUUGACUUACUGGCAGAGGCAACUUUCGCCAGAGAAAGGAAUGCUGACUUUUCUUGCUUGUCCCCAGGCAGGCCCAGAGCACUAUUGAGUUCGCCAAGUGGAGCACCAGAGGCUGUCCUUUUCCCUUGAGAUUUUUUUUUGGGGGGGUGGGGGGGCAGGGACAGCCUGGUCCACUUUGUUGCCACAUUGUCUCCUGCACUUCAUUUGUGGUGUUUCUCUGUGAAGGUUCUCUGGGUUCACGGCCCCAGGGCUGUGCACAUGUCCCGGAACACAUGCGAGAGAACAGAGGGCACACCGGGCAGGAACCUCAGCACCAGCCUCGCUGACCCACGCACGCACUUUGCAGGGAGCACGCAUCCCCUCUACCACAUAGCACUACCCUGACCUGGGCCCACAGCCCAGUGUGCUUUCCUCUGGGAGGCCAGACAUGGCCUCAGAGGGGCGGUAUUUUUCUAGCCAUUUGUAAAAUGAUACAACGCAGUAUAGCCAAGUUCCCGAGUCCUCAGGAAGUAGAAUGCCUGCUUCCCACACAGGACUGCUGCCAGUCAGGGUCAUGGGCUCAGGUCCCAGCGGCACAGCGGCGACGCCGAGGGCUGUCAGUGUGCGUCAGUGUAUGUGCUGGGCACUGUAUGGAGUGCCGCCUCUGACGGCAGCCAGGAGGCAGCUCCGAGAGCAGAGAGGCUGCUGUUCUGAGGUUUGCGAGCUCCACAGUGCUCUUCUGGAAGGGGAAGUGGAAAGAUGCAGAAAACGUCUGCAGGUGAUACCCAAGCCUUUAUAACAAAUUUGCUAUUUUUAUCCUACCACGGGUUUUUCCUAAACCUUUGCUAUAUCCUUUUGUCUUGGUUUUAUAAGCAGACCACAGAAGUCUGAUGAAGUGUUUGCUUUGUACCACGGAGUGAGAGCAUUUGCACUUUAGCUUUAUGUGAAGGAUAUUAUUUUAAGGUAAUACUGAUUCUAAUAAAGUAUUUUG